AUGAAUGAAUAUAGAAACGUAUUAUUAAUUGGUCGUACAGGUCAAGGCAAGUCUUCCUUAGCCAAUAUAAUAGUAAAUGAUGAGAAAAAGUUCGAAGUAGGAGGAAACUUUGUUGAAGUUUUCAAAAGGGGUAAAGAUCAAACUAGAAAGACUCAAUCCAAAAAAAUUAGGUUGAAGAUAGAUGUGGGUGGGGAAAUAAAGGAUGUAAAUUACCGAAUAAUUGACACUGUGGGAAUUGAUGACACAACAUUAAGUAAAAGGGAGAUGUUAAUUGAGAUAGCUAAAGUAUGUAAAAAAGUCAGGAAAGGAAUAAAUCGAAUUUUAUUUGUAUGUGGAGAAAAUUUAACUCCACAAGAAAUUGAUGCUUAUAACAUAAUAAGAAGAGUUCUUUUUGACGAGAAAGUUGAUAAAGACAUUACUAAAUAUAUUACAAUUAUUCGAACAAAUUUUGACAUCCAAUCAUUGAUUGAAAAUGAAAAUAAAGCAAUUGUCGAAAUGAUCCAAUCGUGCAAUAAAAGAGUUGUUCACAUAAAUAAUCCAUCAAUAAAUAUGAAGGGAAAAGGAGAAAUGAUACAAGAACAAAUUAAUCUCAAUAAGAAAAUCUGUAAGUAUGCUAGAAAGAGAGUAAUAGAUCAUUUAGUGACUUGUGAAGAUGUUUACAAGCCGGAGAGUUUGGAUGCGAUAAACGAAAGAAUUGACCGCUUAUUAAGUGAAAACAAGGAGUUGCAAGAACAACUAGAUGAAAUGCAAGAAAAAUAUAAUACAUUACAAGAACAAUUAAAUAGAUUAAGUGAUACAGAUGAAAGAUCAAAUGAAAUAAGUUUUACUCAAGAUGUGUUUAAUGAAUUUGAAAGAAGAAUGGAAAAAAAUGAACUAAAAAAGACAAUGGAUGGAAUAAUGAAGAAAAUAGAUGAAAUAAAAACAUUGAUCCACGAAAAUGAGGAAUCUAUAGAGAUAGGUUUUUUUGCAACCAUUGGAAGAGGUUUAAAUAAGUUAUCUAAAACGGCGAUAGAAUUAGCAGGAGAGGCAUUAGAAAAUAAUAAAUGCCCGAUUCUUUAA